AACCUUAGUUUCCGCAGUUAGCAAAGUGAAGCGAAGAGUGUUAGUUCGAAGCUGUUCAUUUAAAUAGCAAAUUCAAGAAGGAAUUAUAUUUCAUCCACCCAUCAAGUCAGUAGCAGUACACAGUUGUUUCAGAACACUCUCUGCAAGCUUGUUGUAAACGAACUGCUUUAAUUCCCGUGAUUAUUGUGGCCCGCAACGUGAAGAGUAUUUGAAGUCGUUGGCUGUACGAUUAAGCAUUAAUUAUCUUCCAUCCAUUAUGAGGAAGUUAACGUUCAGUUUGUGCGGGACAUCCUUCAAGCGGCGUGUGAAACUUGAGAAGCGUGUUCGAGAACUGCAAGAAGAAUUAGCCAGGAAGGAUGAGAGACUGCGACAUUAUGAAGAGGAACUGCUGCGUGCAAGGCGGUUUGAAGCUGAAGACGCUGGACCUAGACACAAGGCAAUGGAACAAGCUGUAGAUUUUAGGGCGAAGGAAUGCAACGAAAGGAAACAUGAAAUGGAAUUAGCAGAAAUUGUACAGAAAUUUAAUAACCUGGAGACGAAAAUUGAUGCAUUGAUGAAAGCUGGGUCAGAAAGGGAAGAAGAAGUUACGUGGAAAGAUCGUAAACUCCGAUUAUACAAACUGGAGUUGAACAGAAGGGAGAAUUUGGAAACUAAAGUACAGGACGUGUUCAGACUUCUGAGGAACAAAGAAAGAGAGUUUAACGACCUGCAAUCUCAAGUGACCUUGAAAAAUCUAUUAAUAGAACGACUGGGCGCUGAGUUAAACUCAGCAGCACGUGAACUGACACGACGUAAUGAGAUAAACAUCGAACGUGAUAACAAAAUUCAAGCUCUGGAGGAUCAACUUCGGUAUUAUAGAAUGAAGAGUGACAGAGCUGAAAGAGACAAUCAGCCACUUCGGUGUAUUACACGGAUGUUGAAACAAAAUGACGCUUGUAAUAGUUAUCUGGAUUAUGAAGCAAAACAUCAAGAUGGCACGACUAGUGACAAAGUAAUAUUGAUGGAAUCCAGUACUAUAAAUGACAGAAGAGCAUCUUCAGCCGUCAGCGAUCAUGUCAGUGACGAACCAAAUGGUCCAAAAGGGGCACAACUGCAACUUAAGAAAACAGAUGAUAAUCUGUCUACUAAUACUUUUGCUGCUGGACGUGUGAAAAAUUAUUCCCUGGCAGAAACUGCCAUUUCUUCUAUCAGGGUGUCAAGCAAAGGAAACAGGGAAAGUAAGACAAAAGAGCCUGGAAGACCUUGUGCUGGCAAAUCUAUUCGCUGGAAGAAGAAAACAAAGAGAUGGUUGGUCCAACAGAUGAAGAGAGAGCAAAAUGUGCAGUCGAAGUGCAGCCAGUCCAUCCAAACCAAUUAAGAAGUACCACGUGUCCCUUUUACACCAUAAGUUUCGCUUUUGAGAACAAUCUGCCUAGAAUUUUCUGUGUUCCAAUGCAAAGUUUGCAAGUACCUUUCUUGAUGCCGUUCUAUUUUGUAAUAGGUACGUAGUUUAGUACACAAGUUUUGAUAACAUGCAUUUCUUGUCAAAUUACCUAAAUCUGGCUCGCUGUGUUGUAUUUAUUAUAAAUUUACUGCUAUGUUACAGGAUGUUUCUAAUGCCAUAUGUAAUUAUAAUUAUCAAGAUAUUUUACUCAGAAUAAAUUCAUUACCACUAAUGAGGUAA